AGACGAUCCAUCACUGGCCAGAAGCGUUCGGCAUGCAUCCCUGCCAUUACUGAUAGCUUCUCUCCCCUCCCCUCUCGUAUGAAUGUCACAGGACGAGAGCAGCUGCUUGCCGCUGCUCCUCUGGGGUGAGGCUCUGACCUCACAGUACACAUGCUCCGUUAGGAUCACCAAGAGCGACCUCCCGCCAUAGUCUUCAUCAGCAACUACCGGCUCAUCAUCAAGUCCCUUGAACCAAGUGCUCACAAGGUUGCCAAGAAGAUUCGCUUCGACGAUGAGGAGCAACAGAAAGGUCAGUCCUCCGAGGGCUGUGGGCAGAGUGAGCAGGGGGAUAUGAUUAGAAUCCCUCUGAGCAUGAUCUCUACCAUUCAAGCGGGCGAUCGCUUCUCCGUGUCCAUCAGGUUCAUCGACUUCAAGGAGGUGCAAGUGAAUCUCAAAGACAAGUCAACGGCUGAAGAGUUCAUCAACGUUGUAUCCAACUUCUCCUUCUGCUCUACCCCGCAGGACUGGUUCGUCUUCGCUUACAAGACUAUCGUGUCGCCCGACAUAGACGGCUGGAACGUGUACAACAUGGUCAGCGAGUACAAGCGGCUCGAGCUGCUGGGCGGUGAGUCGAACAUGUGGAGGACGAGCACGGCGAACGAGAACUUCAGCCUGUGUGAAUCUUAUUCGAAGCUCCUCGUCGUUCCCUCCAACGUAUCAGAUGACGAGCUGCUUGCCAGCGCCCGGUACAGGCAGAACAAUAGGCUUCCUGUGGUGACGUGGCGGAAUGCUCAAAGUCGGACUAUGUUGUUUCGCUCGUCUCAGCCGCUGGUGGGACUGCUGGGCAGGAGGUGCAAGGAGGAUGAAAAGCUGUUGAGAACUUGUGUGGACAACAUGGGGGAUGGGAGAGGAGUCGUGGUCUUUGACUGCCGUAGCUCUAGUUCUGCCAUCGCUCAACGUUUCCUCGCGGGAGGAGGCAGAGAGCUUGUUCGUAGUAUGUACUACGGCAUUGCAGAUUACGUGAUGCUGAACAUUCAGAACCUGUCAUGUCAGAGAGAGCAUUUCGAUGAGCUCAUGAGAACUUGCAAGACCAUGAACGACAAGACCCUUAGAAACAUUCGCAUCAUAUCUACCCUCACCCAGAGCAACUGGUGCAAGCAGCUGUAUCAGAUCACAACAGGGGCGAUUGCAGUUGCCAACGUGCUGGAGAAGAAAGCCUCUGUUUUGAUUCACUGCUCUGAUGGGCUGAAUCGAACAUCCCAAGUCUCUUGCUUGGCUCAGGUCCUCCUCGACCCGUACUACCGUUCCUUUGAAGGCUUCCAGGUGCUGAUAGAAAAGGACUGGGUCGGCUUCGGCCACAACUUUCCGCUGCGGCUCGGAUACUUCAGCGGGGAGGGGAGGAAGAUGUUCUCCCCCAUCUUCAUCCAGUGGUUGGACUGCGUCUGGCAGUGCAUGAGGAUGAGGCCGACGAGCUUUGAGUUCAAUGAGAAGUUUCUCAUCGCUAUAGCUGAAGCCAGUAUGCAACGAAGGUACGGAACUUUUGCCUUCCAGUCUCCCUGCAUGGCGACGGCGUCACGAGCGACAGAGCGGACGGUGUCAGUCUGGACAGAUCUGCGAGCGAGGAGGUCAGAAUUCAUCAACCCCUUCUAUAAGGACUCCUUGAGGUAUCUUCAGCUGUACUUCUCGGAGAAGGAGAUUUCCUUCUGGUCCGGAUUUUACCUCAAAAUUUCACAAUCCAGCGAUCUCAACAUGUGAUCUUGUACAAUAUUCCCGUGAGAAACAAACACCGCAAGAGCUUUUUUGCGCAGUUUUAUUAAGAAAAUUCAUCGAAG